CCUCAACCCUCGCAAUAUCGCUCGCGCGGGCCGUCGAAACGGACGUGCCGUGUUUUAUUUUACCGCGUUUUGUUUCCCUUUCGUUCUUUCCGUUUAUGAUUUAAAGCCACCAUGUCGAAAGGUGACGGUGAACAACAGAACGGCUCCGGCGAGGAGUCGAAGACCAACCUCAUCAUCAAUUAUUUGCCACAGAGCAUGACCCAGGAAGAGAUCCGAAGCCUUUUCUCCAGCAUCGGCGAAGUGGAGUCCUGCAAACUGAUAAGGAAUAAGGGCGCGGCGUUCCCGGACGCCCUCAAUCAUGCACUGCACGGUGGAGGGCAGAGCUUGGGGUACGCUUUUGUUAACUACCACCGCCCAGAAGACGCUGAGAAAGCUAUCGCCACUCUCAAUGGCCUCAGACUUCAGAAUAAAACAAUUAAGGUAUCUUACGCUCGACCGAGCAGCGAGGCGAUCAAAGGCGCAAAUCUGUACGUCUCUGGACUGCCAAAAACUAUGACACAGUCAGAAUUGGAGCGGCUAUUCAGUCCAUACGGCAGAAUUAUUACUUCUAGAAUACUCUGUGAGAACUCAGGCGGAAGGCCUUUCACUGGUGGAGAACAGGGCUUGUCUAAGGGAGUUGGAUUCAUUCGCUUCGACCAGCGCGUCGAAGCCGAACGAGCUAUUCAAGAGUUGAACGGGACAGUGCCUAAAGGAGCAUCGGAGCCGAUCACAGUAAAGUUCGCGAACAACCCGAGCAACAACGGGAAGGCUUUAGCGCCGCUUGCCGCCUACUUACCAGCGGCGCUGCGCUUUCCCAACCCUCUCGGACGAUUUAGUUCAGGCAAGUCUUUAUUAGCUAUCAAUAAAGGUCUCCAACGCUACAGCCCGUUGGCGGGUGAGCUGCUCGGCGGGGUCCUACCCGGCGCUGUGGGCUCGGAAUGGUGUAUUUUUGUUUACAACCUGGCUCCAGAAACUGAAGAGAAUGUACUCUGGCAAUUGUUUGGACCUUUCGGUGCCGUCCAGAGUGUUAAGGUUAUACGUGACCUGCAAACUAACAAAUGCAAGGGAUACGGAUUUAUCACAAUGACCAACUAUGAUGAAGCGGUCGUCGCUAUCCAGUCCCUCAACGGGUACACCCUCGGGAACAGAGUUCUGCAGGUCAGUUUCAAGACGAAUAAGAUCAAGGCUAUCUAAGUCGUUCCAGACACGGCCUAGCCGGACGCUAGGGCGGCACAGACACAGCAGGCGCGCACCCAUACAUCACUACACACAGCACUACUAGAGGAUACCCGCCUCCGCAGGACCGUAGCCACACAAGGAGCUCUUCAAUCGUGUGUCUUCCUCAUAAGACGACCAGAGCGGUCAUUUUGUAUGUAAUUUGUAAUUUAUUCGAUUAAGCUCAUUCAUCUCUUUGUUCGACCGUCGCCAUUUUAUCAGAAAAAGUGGGUUAAGUGUUACGGAAAUCAAGAUGGUGGAAAGUUUCUGCGCAUGCCCGGAUGAAAUGGCGGUCGUUGAUGGGACGAGCGCGCAAUAAUAUGUUAGGAUGGAGGCAUCAAAUGCUGCUGGUCAACAACCAUACAUAUUACAUAGUCAAUAACAUAAUGACAAUCAACUUCGCUUAUGAAAGGUUGUGGUUAUCGAGAAAUAGUUUUCGAUUAUUAAUAAAGUAAUUAGCAAUAAUAUGCUAUGCUCCAUUUUAGGCGUCAUAUCUAACUUCGGUCUCGAAUCGACGAAUUGCCAAAUAACGAUAGCGUCGCGUUAUUUCCGCGUCUAUCGCUCACAAGUAUAGUAGGUAGGAUUCGGGCCGGCCCAACCAAUUAAAAUAGUGUUAUUGUUAAAGAUUGGAAAUAUAUAUUAUCUAUACGUAUAUUUUAAUCAUAUAUUAAUCUAAUUAAGGAUGAGAACUAAUCCAAAACUGUGAUAGGUUUUGAUAAAAUUUUAAAAAUAAAACUCGAAAGAUCUCUGGAGCAGACGCCGUCGACGAGUCCUUUGUGGCGUCGGGCGACGUUUUCACGAACGUAAGCUCCGAGUUCAGCAUCGGAGCGAGCCCGCGCUCGCCGGCGGAGUAGGUUAAGUAGUUUUUGAAAAGUUUUGCGACGCCUCAAUCGCGAGAGCUAGGUGACACUCGGAACGCGCAAUCACACAAAGAUGAGGAAAAUCGAUUGAGCUCUGGAGGAAACCCGGAUGAGGCGGAGCCACGGCUCGCCUCGCGGGAGCGAGACGGGACAUCCACGGGGCCGGCUCUCUCGCUCGUACGCGAAACAAUGGUGCGUUAGUACUUUAAUGAUAUCGUUAAAAAUCGAUGUCUAAACAUAUGAUGGGUACCUGCUACUAUAAUUAAUGUAUGGAUGCGAACCUGCGUCUAUUCGAAGUAGGCUUUAAUUGUCUUAGUUUAAAUGGAAAUUUGUAAAUAGAUAAAAAUAUAUAAAAUAGUUUUCGCCGCGACUCGUCCGCGUCAGCACGCUGACAACCACAAAUUGAACCCGACAAAGACCUAAAAAACAUCGAACUUGAAUAGAUAUAAUAUCGUGCCGUCCUAACGACCCUACGAUUUUUGUAAAAAAGUAUAUACAUAAUAAUAUAUGUAAAACAGUUUUGUAAACAUUUCAAAAUAUUAACUAAUAACUGAUAGGUACUCAUUACAUACCAAAGAUGGAGAUAAAAAUUUACAAGUAUUUAUAUAUUUAUUAUAUGUAAAACGUGCAAUAACUGAUAGCCAGUAAUUUAAUAAAAAUAUAUUAAAUAAAUAACUCGAAGAGGUCGGUAGAUUCACGUCUUCGUGGAUAAAGAGGUAAAGAUGUUUGUUUACUUAUUAUUGUAAACUUAGUUUGACCCGGUCAAAGGUCAAAUUCUACUUUUAAACUUUGUUUUUUAUAGAAAUUCGCUUACAUUUACCGCAGCUUAAAUUGCUUAACGUUCUAUUUUAGUCUUAAUACGUUAAAUUAUUAGAUGUUUGUAUUGAUUUAGAAAAAUUGAGAGUUACCUUCUUGAAUUAAGCGAAACAUGAUAAUGGCGUCCUUGUCUUUGGCAUAUACCAAUGCCAAUUGCUAAUGUCAUUUAAUGACAGACGCCGUCGAUUGGUAGCGCGCGAUUCGUAUCACGUGAGUUUGAAUUAAUUUAAUGGAAAGAGCGGUGUGAGAUGAGCUUGGGGUGAAGCACAAGUUUUGAAUUAAUAAUUAAUUAAUAUUAUUAUAUUAUAGUAUCGUCUUAGGUUAAUAGUUGUUGUGUUUUGUGUUGUUCGGACUCAGCAUAAAUAUUUCAACUAUUCUAGUCAUCGGGACGGUGGUAAGAUAACAAUUGUAUGGAAUAGUUGUCGAAUUAAUGUUGAUGAUAAGUCUUAAUCAUAAUUUUUCGAUAUUAUUUGUUAGAUUUACUCAUUAAUUUAGUGUAUGUGCAAUUAAUUGUAUUUUACUUGUAUAUCUUAGGUGUGCAUUUAUCUUAUUUAAUGUAUAUUAUGUGUUUUAAAUUAUUGUGGUUCGAUAAGGUUAUUUAAUAAUUUAUUAGGAGAAUUGCACGUGGCGUUUCUUAAGUAUUAGGAACACGCAAUGGUGUAAGGAAUUUAUUUACCAAAAUAUUCUGAUUUCUUUCAUGUUGACUCAGUUCAUUCGAUAUUAUUUCAUGCUAUUAUCGUUUAAACGAUGUAAGUCUUUUAAAUCGAAACAAAAACACCAAAGUAUUUAAUAACUCAUCGACUUUUUAGAUAAUAAAUAAUGAUAAUUGUGAAAAUGACUUGUAUUUUGGAUCGAAGUGUUGGUUAGGCUCUCGGUAGGUAACGUGUGACGUCACUAUGUAUUAGUAGAAUGUUUUGUGCGUUCCCCUACUUUUCGGAUGUUAUUAAUAAAAAAAUAAUAAUAAUGGUAAUAAUAAAUUAUGAAUAGUGCUCAAUAGCGUAGAAGGCGCGGGCCUGGUCUUAGAAUAAAACUGGAGAAGCAAUAAUAAUUAUAAAUGUGAAUUUUUAACCGACACACGGGUAGAUAUGCUACAAUAUAAUUGACUUGAUAUUUUUAUAUGUAUUUUAAAAUUUACUGUAAUUCAUAUCUUCAUAGAUAUAAGCGGCCAACUUGCAAAACGUUCUACUAAUAGUUAAAAGGUAGCUUUUAUAACUAUUGAUCUCUGUGUAAGAAUCUCAACGGCCACGGUCACUAAAAUACAGAUAACAUGACAAGGGUGUGUAUAGUAAUAGAAGCUUCCUUUGACUGUUCUAUCUGCUAAAUACAAUUAUUUAAAUCCAGCUUUCCACAAGACACAAUUAAAGUUGGGAUUGCAUGGCCCUGGGCCCUUCUACAGUUGUUGCACUUUCAAUUGUAUUUCGUAGAUAAAAUAAUGUCUGAAGAAAGCCUACAAGUGACAAGGGAUAAACAUACUUAUAUUAUCAAUAGCAUAACGGCUACUUUUUGAACGGUGUUUUGAAGCAUUUUUUAUGAAAUUGAUAAAGAAUAAUUAAAAUAAUUAUUGGAAAUCCCGAAACAAUACUAAUACGCAUAGGCUAAUUAACAUUGAGGCUGUGAAAUUAGCAAAAAUAAUAAUACACGUGGCGAAUGUUAAAUUAAGAGGAGUAAGAGUAAAACCACAGAAUGAAAGAUAUAUUUUUUAAGAAUUUGGUAGAAAUGCGAUGUGAGAGUUUGGCUUGCGUGUUGCUUUGACGCGUUUUUUGACACAUUGUAUUGUGGCAUGUGCGUCUGUGGACCUGCGAUGCUGUCACGUUCCAUUUCACUCAGAUGUCAUUUCUAUCUCUUUGUUCUGUGCAUCACGCGUACAAAAUAUUUUGGCCGGUUUAUUAAUAAGCGAAUCAUUUAAAUAAAUUCCGACGACAAUGCGUGAAAAAGUCCAAAGGAUGGCAGAAGUAGCAUUUUCUACGCAGUUAGCUUUUUGGUGUGUAAGUGUGAAUGGCCUUACUCUCGGGCAUAAGCACAAAACUCAAUCGGUGGCCGAGACACAGGCCAUUCGGAAUAGUUAAGACACAAAGAAGAAAUUAAAUCUUCCAUAGGAACUAAUUAGGGUCAACGUGGAAAAUGGUUCGGUUCGAUUAAUGCGAUGUCUAGUCAAAUGCUCAAUCGAUUGCAUUUAUCAUUUGAGGAAUCGAAACGUUUUCGACGUUUAAUUCGAGACAUCGAUUAAAUGUGUUACUAUAACAUGUAUCAAGCGCUAGACGAUGGCACCUGCAGACUACGGCUAUAUCUUUAUAAAAUUAUUCAGUAGAAUACGUUUGCUCAUCGCGUACUUCCUCGUCUUUUGGAUCCGUUUCUCUAGUAAUUAGCUAUUAACGUAAUUUCCGUGAUAAUUUUAUAAAAUAUAGCCUUACGGAAUCUCCCUUGUAUCAGCGGAAAAUUUAUCAAGUUAAUACAUAACAUAUUUAAACCAUUGUAAUUGAUAUAAUUCACCAAAAUGUCGUCCUGAAUAUCUGUUGUUGCCUGUAUGAGGAAUGGUUCCGUGUAACAAAAUAUAACUCUCACUAUGUGCAAAGGCCUGAAAACGUAAUUCCUCUUACACAGCAAGAUAACUUUGAGUUUAUUUGAAAAUUGAAUAGCCACAUCGCGAAUAUGUCAUAGUCACACAAAAUAUUGAUUCGCCUUGUUUAUUAAAAGCUUUCAAAUGAUUCAAAGUUCAGUGCGUAUUCCAUAUAUUAACGAAACAUAAUAUUUUCUGCUAAACGUUAUAGACAGUGAAAAAUUAACUGAAGUGGAAAACUAAACGAAGACGCAAAGGAAAAAGUAGAUUGCAAUAAUUAAGUAAAUAAACAGGUCUCGAGGCAUCGGGUUUAAUUGCCGUAUAGUUUCGAAUUUAGUAAGAAAAUAUAAAUAAGAAUAUCAAGUAAUAACUAUUUCACUGUCUAUUUAUUAGGUUACUUUCGGUGUUGUUUCCUCUUCUGCAUAUCGGUUCGUUCCCAUUCCGUUUCAAUCUAGAAAAUAUAUAUUUUGAACUGUAUAAUAUCUGAUUAUACAUUUUAGGCGCGGGAACGACAAAAAUUAGCAAAGCGGUGCAAGGAUUUAAUCCUUUUUUAACGUCCGAAAUCCUGAUUAGAAGUUCAAAGUGAUCGCGCCUAAAAUAUGUAGUCUACUAAAACGGGUAAAAUAGUGAUAAACGGUAUGGGAACCGACCUAAACGUUAUGCAGCGUAGUAUGUGAUACCUAAUAGUAAAUAACUGUAGUCUUCAUUCGUAUCAAGCGGCAGGACAAAGGUGACAAGCGAACCCCAUUUCCGGCUCGAUUAAAACUAGGUUAUAAUUAGAAAAUGCAUCGUAAGAUAAUUUAGAUCUCGACAGAGUAUUCUCUAAGUAUUUUACCAACUCCAAAGUAUAGAAGCAAUGAAAUAUUUAUAAAGAUUAUUAUGUCAGCCGAUUUCCUGUUUCUCGCUGACUCCUUUGAUACGAAUACGUAUUUUACAAAAUGAAAAAUUUUGAAAAAAAAAAACUUUAAGAUCUUCCGGUAUUUAAAUGUUCGCAUUUUGUUCUUCUAUUUAUGAUUAUCGAUAAGGUAGGUGUCUGUGUUGGUAUUAACAGAUUUAGUUGAUAUAAUAAUAAUAUGGUGUAGCGGAGCGCAGUCGUCACAACCUAGCCUCAAAUUAGUCGUAAAAUUAAAAGCAAUUGUAUCCAAAAUGGCGGACAGGGUUGUGCGAUUGAGCGGCCGUAAUUAGGUGUUUAUAUUAUUGUGUCUGUUUAAACGGUUACCUCUUCUACAUUAUAGCUUUUGUGGAGAAAUUUGAGUUGCACAAGAAAUAGUAGCAUCUUAAGAUUGAGGCUAAACCUGAUCGUCUUCUUAUUUCAUGGAAUUACUGAUGCUUUGUAGAUGGCACAGACUAGAAUUUCGUCUCAUCCGAAAGUAACAAGUUGGUGCAACCCUGAAUUGGCGUGCUAUAGAUUAUCAAAAUUGUGUAUACAAAGUACCGAUUGCUGUCGAAUGAGAUCAGAUUUGUAGAUUUUAAAUUCCAAUUUGACUCAGUUUUAGUGUCAUCUUAGACUAAAUGUUGUUCCCAAUAUUUUGUAAGCCGUUUUGCCAAACAUGCAUUGUAACGCACACAUCACAUGUGUGAGUUUGAAGAUAAAAUACAAUGCGUUUUGGUAAAUCGUUCAGCCGUUCUUACUUUGAAGUUCGGUCUAGAAAUUUUUAAAAAAUACUCAUUCCUAUAAUAAGGCAUUAAUAACCAAAUAUUUACAUCUGUAGUCGUUACUUGGCUGUUUUAAGUAAUUAUUAAUUAAUAUUUUCACGUACUUUCUGUGUCUAUAAUUAUUAAUUUAUUGGAAUUAAUUAUAAUUGAACAUAAAUAAAGAAAAAAUUGUCACAUUCUCUUCACUUUUUACAAUAGUUUUUACAAUAUGAUAUUUAAUAUCCUCAAUGGUUGUAACUAUACAUUUCUUGUUCUAAAUAUAUAAAAAACCCGA